AUGUCUGGGUUUUUUUCACUAGGUGGUGGGAAAGAGCAAGAGCAACAAGAGCAGCAAGAUACUACCAAUAAUAGCAGCUUCUAUCUGUUCAAGAACGAAGAGAUCUAUAACAAGGGUUUUGAGCUAUGGCAGCAAUACUACCAGUUGCAUCAACAAAGAAUACAACAUCAUCAUCAUCAUCAAGUAGUUGGGCAGGAUGUGGAUUUCUCAGUGGGUCCCAGUAGGAGGAUCAUCAGUAGCGGUAGUGGUGGUAGUGGUAGUAUUGGUGAUGAUUCUUCCUAUAGAUCAGCAGGAUUUAGGGUGAUGAGGCACGGAGGAGGAGGAGGAACUGGUAGUGGCAGUAGUAGUGGUGGUGGUGGUGGUGGUACUAUGAAUUGCCAAGACUGUGGGAAUCAAGCUAAGAAAGACUGUCCACAUAUGAGGUGCAGAACUUGUUGUAAGAGCCGAGGGUUUCAGUGCCAAACUCACGUUAAGAGUACUUGGGUUCCUGCUGCCAAAAGGCGUGAAAGACAACAACAACUCUCUGCUCUGCAAACUCACCAACAGCAGCAACAACAAAAUCAACAACAAUUGAGCCUGAUCAGAGGUGAUAACCCCAAAAGACUCAGAGAAAAUCCAGGCGGAGGAGGAGGGGGCUCUUCCUCUCUUGCUUGCACUCGUUUGCCUACUUCCACUUCAGGGUUAGACGUGGGUAACUUUCCGGCUGAAGUGAAUUAUCCCGCUACAUUUAGGUGCGUAAGAGUGAGUGCAAUGGAUGAUGCAGAAGAACAGUACGCGUAUCAGACAGCUGUUAACAUAGGAGGUCACGUUUUCAAGGGAAUUCUCUACGAUCAAGGCCUUGAAAGCCGCUACGCUACUAGUGGAGGAGCUGGUGCUGGCGAAGCUUCCUCAGGCGGCGGUGGAGGUCAUGGUCAUCAUCAUGAUCAUGAUCCGCAACCACCACUCAAUCUUAUCGGGACAGCCGCCGCGGCCACCGCCAACGCUGCAGUCACCUCUACCAACCCUGCUCUCACUAUGCUUGACCCUUCCAUUUAUCCAACUCCACUAAGUGCUUUCAUGGCCGGUACGCAAUUCUUUCCACCACCAAGGUCUUAAAACGAAAAAAAAAGAAAAACAAAGUGCUAACUGGUAGUUGAGGCUAAAGAGCUUUCCCUUCUUGACUGCAUUCAGUAUACAUUGAUCUGAUGUUGUUUUUCAUUAAGUGUAUUGACCAUUGACAUCCCCCAUCGAAGUAGUUGGGAAAAAAAAAGGAAGAACAGAUGAGUAACAAAAAUGUACCAUGACA